AUGACACAGAGGAGUGCACCGACACUGGGAUCUUUCGAUCGAGGAUGGGCCACGGACUUCAUCACCGUGCGGUCAGAGAUCAAGGCCGAACAGAUCACGUUCAACGGGAGUCCAGCGUUCGAUGAGAACAAGACCAUGUUUGUCCCGAACCCAGAUCCAGUCCGCUAUGUUGGUCCACCCAGUCCUGAGAUUGACAAGAACUGGGAGAAAUUGACCUGGGGCCGCUAUUUCUUGAUAACGGAGGAGGAAGCGCGAGCCAGCUGGGGUGAGGAAAUCGAAGAAUACUGGGAUGAGCAGCGCGGAGGCUACGUGACCGGCCUCGACGUCUUCCACACGCUCCACUGCCUGGACAACAUGCGAAAAGCCCUGCAUCCUGAAUAUUACGGUGACGGGAAAGCCAACAAGAACCACGACAUGCACCAGGACCAUUGCAUUGAACAUAUGCGCCAAUUUAUCAUGUGCUCGGGCGACAUGACGCCCAUUCCCACCAAGUACUAUCCGGCCCUGGGGAGGAACUACGUCGACUCGGACCGGCCUCAUACGUGCCGGAAUUUUGAGCAGCUUCGGCAGUGGAUGGUCGACAGAUACGAGGGACCGACAGCGGUGCAGCCUAGUACUCGAUCAGCUUCCAAAUAG